GGCCGCGCCUGCGCAGGCUGCCUGCAAUGGCGGCAGCUUGCGCACCGUGCUGAGCGUUUCGGUUGGGACUUCAGGCAGCGGCCGGCGGUGGCCUUAAAGGAGCCAAGGACACUUGUCAGCUGCUCAAAGGAGGAAGCAGAGGUCCCAUCUGCAGUCGGGGUGUCCUUUCCCUUCUCCCCAGUGAGAAGAGGGGACUGAAGCCCAUCCAGCCCCAGCAUUCCCAGACAGAGACUGUGCUGCUGUCCCAUGGUUGAUGGGGAGCCCAGGCCAUGGUUGCCGUCUCCCGCCCCGGCCAUGGACGAGAUCACCUUCAAAAGCGACACCGUGCUGUCAGACGUCCACCUCCACACCCCAAACCAGAGACACCUCAUGGUGCGGCUGAGUGGCGUGGGGCAGCCCGUCUUCCUGUCCCAGUUCAAGCUUCUGUGGAACCAAGCCUCUCAGACAGACUCGGGGGCUGAGGGUGGCAAUCACAGAGCCCAUCACGCAGAGGCGACUCCUCCCGCCAGAAGCGGCUGCAGCAGUGAGGGAGUCUCCCUCCAGGCUGGGGCUGACGCCACCAGCCAGGAGGGGGUGGCAGCUCAGCUGGACGAGGAUGGGGAUUUGGACGUUGUGAGAAGACCACGGGCUGCCUCUCCCUCCAAGCCCUCGGGGCCUCCGAGAGACAAGGUACAUCCCAUGAUUCUAAUGCAGGAGGAGGAUGACGUCCUGGGAGACGAAGCACGAGAGAGUGGCCCCUACGAUGUCAUCAAAAUAGAGCACACCAUGGCCACCCCCCUGGAGGAUGUUGGCAAGCAGGUGUGGCGGGGCGCCCUGUUCCUGGCGGACUACAUCCUGUCCCAGCGGGACCUCUUCCAGGGUCGCACGGUGCUGGAGCUCGGGGCGGGCACCGGGCUGGCCAGCAUCCUCGCGGCCACCGUGGCGCAGACCGUCUACUGUACAGAUGUCGGUGCAGAUCUCUUGGCCAUGUGCCAGCGAAACAUUGCCCUUAACAGCCACCUGACUGCCGCUGGAGGCGGUGUGAUUAAGGUCAAGGAACUGGACUGGCUGAAAGACGAUCUCUGCACAGAUCCCGAGGUCCCCUUCAGCUGGUCGGAGGAGGACAUCUCCGACCUGUACGGCCACACCACCAUCGUGCUCGCGGCCGAAGUGUUUUACGACGAUGACCUAACUGAUGCUCUGUUUAAAACACUGUCCCGACUGGCUCACAGGUUGAAGAACGCCUCCACCGCCAUCCUCUCUGUGGAAAAGAGUUCCGCAUCUGGAACCGGCCCUGAGGAAGCGAUCCCAGCCGUGCACAGAGCCGUCCAGAUGGACGCAUCUGUUGCAGCGUUGUUUACACCGAUGACGUCCAGGACCCCCUUCAGGGUCCACGUGACCAGUGGCAACGUGUGGACCCGAUCACUCGGGUGGAAUCUUGGGCACAUGCCUUCCCCUCUCUGAGCCCCAGUCCCCACCUGAGCGGAGGCCGUAGCCGGCCCCACCUCCCAGGCUCUCCUGCAGAUGCCAGAAGGCCGCGCACUGGCGCCCAGCACGCAGGAGGCGCUCAGUUAAAAUCCAGCGCCGUGACGGGAGGGAGCUGCAGAGCCUCCGGUGGUGACAGGCAGUGUGUGUGUCGCGGCUUGU